AUGUUCGCCAUCGGCGCGGGAUUCGAGGCUGUCCUCUUUGGUCUCUUCACCGUCGCAAUUGGGGGCACCCAACUCUGUGCUAUCUGCAAAGACGAAACUGCUGUGGAGAGCCUAAAACGCAACAAAGGGACCCCACGGCCGCGUAUAUCAAAGCGGGAGACGCUGGCGAACGUGUUUGGGCGGCCCUUCUCUUGGCGCUGGUUUAGUCCUUUUCAUCCACCGGCACCACUCACGCCAGUAGUGCCACCGCUUCCGCAGGAAAGCGAGACUACCGAAGGUGUCUCCGACCUCGAGAUGCACUCUUCACAGCAGCACCAACACCGUCACCGCGAGGAUCACUACGAUGACAUCUAUCUUGUAUAG